UGAGUUUGAUUCAUAUUGUAAACUGUCUGGCCAGCUAUACAAGUAGAAGUUAUCUUGAAAUAUUGAUUUAGUGUCUUUCUUGCAACAGCAUUUAUUUGCAUGUGGGUUCUUUUCAUGCUGUCCUUCUUUGUAAGUACAGGUGAGUCUUUCAAAAUAGUUUUUUUAAUAUCAGUGAGAUGAGGUUACCCAUUGAUGUAGAUUAACCUGCUAGUUAAAUAACAUUGAAUACAACUAAAAAGAGAAUGAUUUAAGAUGAAAUUGUGGUUUGCAGUUUGCUGACAAAGAUAUCAUCGGUAAAACCAACCCCACCAUUACAAAAUGAACAUGAGCAAUCACAUUGAGGAGCUAAACCUUUUGAUGCCUUAAAUGUAUAAAUGUAUAAUAUGGGGUUUUAAAAUUGUGGGAGCCCUAACAGUUUAUAGAUUUAUUUUGAUAGCUAAUAAUUUGAAUAUACUAGAAGGGAAAAUACAAAUCCCAUGUUUUAAAAAGUUACGUUAAUCAACGUUUUCCUUAAUUGAACAGAGGCUUAGAUAAUAAGGUGGUAUGUCAAGUUUUAAUUAUUGUUCUUUUUUAAAAUAUGAAUGAGUUGAGAAGGGAACGAGUUUUGCAGCCUAUUUACCAGCAGAGGGCGAUGUCGGCCUAACAACAUGUAGCCACAACAACGCGAAGAAGAAGAAGCAGAAGCAGAAGAAGAAGGAGAUGAGGAAGAAGGCAAUGUCAAUUUCAGCUGUCAUCUCUUUUAAGCCAAGCAUAAUAACGGUCUCCUUCUACAGUCUGUGUUAUGCUAGAUAUAUAAACGCACUUGAUUUGAUAUUCGCUGCACCGAGAGAAAGUGCUCUGAAACAGACAUUAUCGUCGAGAUCAAUUGUAAAGGACGAGCCACCAGGAUAGCUCUCUCACUGUCCCACAUCUCCAGGUUGAAGCGCUUCUGAUAGUGCAGCUAACCCCACAGGCAGGAGGAUGUAUCUUCUUUACACGAUUAUCACCUCCUUGGUUUCAUUUUUUAUUCUAAAAUGGUUAAAAAAGAGAAGAUACUGCACGGACCUGAAGAGACUUGAUGGAAAAACCGUCAUCAUCACAGGUGGAAGUUCUGGCAUAGGCAAAGAAACAGCGAUCGCCUUGGCAAUGCGAGGCGCCCGUGUUAUCAUUGCAUGUCGAGAUACAGACAAGUCUGAAAAAGCGGUGAGAGAGAUCAAGUUCAAGAGCCACAGUCUGAAUGUCUCCCACAUGGAGCUCGAUUUGGCCAACCUACGCUCAGUGAGAGAGUUCUGCAAGAGUUUUCUGCAGAGAGAGAAGAGACUGGACAUUCUGGUCAACAAUGCAGCCAUGCCCAGCGUGCUGGACUGGACGGACGACGGCUUCAGCAUGUGUUUCGGGGUCAACCACCUGGGUCACUUCCUCCUCACCAACACGCUGUUGCCGCGGCUGAAGGAGUGCGCACCCAGCCGCGUGGUCACCCUCACCUGCUCCAACUACAAGUACCAAAAGCUGGACUUCCAGGACCUCAACUACAACCUGCUGCCCUUCUUCACCUACUGCCGCAGCAAGCUGGCCAACAUCUACUUCACCCAGGAGCUGGCGCGCAUGGGCGAGGCCAAAGGGGUGACCGCCUACGCCGUGCACCCAGGGUUCGUCCAGAGCGGCUGGACGUGCCACUACUCCGUCCUGUUCCGGAUGCUGAUGCAGGUGAUCAUGUGGAUGUUCUUUGUGCCGUGCGAGAUGGGCGCCCAGACGGUGGUGCACUGCGCCGUGUCGGACGCCGCCGCCAAACACAGCGGGGGCUACUUUGUGGACUGCCGGCCGGCCGGCCUGCGGCCGUUCGCCAAGGACUCGGGCGUGGCGAGGAAACUGUGGGAGGCCAGCGAGAGACUGGUGAAACUGGUGUAACUGGUGUGACGUUGGAUCGAUCGGGAGGAUUCCAGACGGCGGAACCUCGGAUGAAACGUGUUGUUUACAGGGCUGACAUUUUUGUUGACCCGAGGUGUCGAUUCAAUGUUUUUUGUUAUUUAUUGGUUAUUUAUUUUGAUUAUUGCAAUGGUUACUGUUGUACAAAUAUUUAGGACUACUUUUUUUUUUUUUUUUUUUUUUUUUUUUUUAAUGGUAUGAUUUGAUCCUUCUUUGAAUCUACUUUUUCGCUCCAGGGUUAGUCAAACAUAUGCAAGUUACUAAUUGUCUGUGGAACAAAAGCAAUCCAUCCAUUCGAUAGUAAUAUAAUGACACAAUGUCGUGCCAAAAAGCCAAUGCUUUCUGGAGAUUAUUCUGGCCAUGAGAGGUCGCUAGUGUGCUUAGCUAUAAAGUAUCUCAUUAAAUAUGUAUACGAUGAUCAACCAGAGUUGAUUGAGAGCGAAAUCCCUGGGUUCAUCUGGCCUGAUUUGCUUAAUCAUGUAGACUCAUGUCACAACAUUUAGAACAAAAAUGAUAUCCGCAGUGAAAGUUUAUAUAGUGCAGGCUUACGUGUAUCUGUUCCAUGUAAAUGUGUUGCUGUCAAAAUAAAUUUAGCAACAGUUCUUUUUGGGUUGCUGUGGACAUUUGGAAACAUUUUAACUUGUGUCCCAUAAGGCCUUGGCGGCCAGCAGACAGCAGGCCCUGACAUGAAAUGACAAGAACCAGCCAAAAACUAGUCUGAAAAGUUAUGUUUGAAAUAAAACCUCUGGAUAAUCCACAUUACAAAUGCAUUGACUGACUGUCGACCAACGUAAAGGGAUAAACUUUCUCAAAAUUAAAUCAUAUCCUAACCAGUGGACCUCAUCACUUUAUAAAUGGAGUUGUUUGUGUGUGUGUGU